CACGUCGGCGAUUACGCAUAUUCCUGGAUCAUUUUGAUUUCGGAAUUUUCCCGCUCAUCCCAGCGCUAUAUAAAGGACCCUUCCGCUGAAGAACGUCGCAAAGAGAAUGGCGUCUUAUAGGGUUUCCUGGGUUGCGCUUGUGCUGCUCUUCUCCUUCGCUUGGCGCUGCAUUGGGAGCGCUAACGAUUGCGCCGGGAGCUGCAACACUUCGGUCGAUUUGUGCCAGACGCGCACCGACACUUCCGACGAGAGCGAUGGCGCUGGUAAGUCGCGCGAUGGCAAGAAAUAUCUCGUAAUCUUUCGUCCAGGAGGUGUAGAUCAUGCGUCUUCUCGUGUGAAUCUGGCGGAAGCAAAUCGAGCUGCCGAUUCUCCUCUAGCCUCUUCUGGAUCAAGUGAUGCGCAUGCGUCGUCUUCUGGACCUAGCUCCAGCUCCGAUGGAGGUAUGAUGAUCGAUUUCUCGCUUAUGCUUUUUACGGUGGAAGGAAAUCAAGGAGCCGAGUCCGUGGAUUCACCAGCUUCUAGCGAGGUUGCAAGAGCUACCAUCGAUGGAGAAACUAUCGUUCCUGUCGAGUCUAAGCCAUGCAAUGAUGUAAACACAGUGGAAGACUCUGGUGCGUCCAGAACUAUCGAUCCACCCGAGACUACUGCGAGCAAUGUGGAAGACUCUGGUGCGUCCAGAACUAUCAAUCCAGCCGAGACUACUGCGAGCAAUGAUGUAAACACAGUGGAAGACUCUGGUGCGUCCAGAACUAUCGAUCCACCCGAGACUACUGCGAACAAUGAUGUAAACUUAGUGGAAGACUCUGGUGCGUCCAGAACUAUCGAUCCACCCGAGACUACUGCGAACAAUGAUAUAAACAGGGUGGAAGAGUCAUCUUUGUCCGAACAAGCACGCCAAGGAACUAUCGAUCCUGCCGAGACUACAUCGAGCAAUGAUAUAAACAACGGGGAAGACUCUGGUGCGUCCCAAGACACAGAGGCUACAGAUGCAGGCACGCGACUUGUCAUACAAGAUGUAGUGGACGUGAUCAGACGCAUCUGGUUUCGGAGAAACGAUGACGGAGAACUCUGCUGCCUUGACUCGCCUCAGGACGUCCUAGAGUUCCUAGAGUUCCUGCAAAGCCUCACCCCUCAAAACCUGCGAGAGUAGAGUAUUCUGUAUAUGGAGAUUUUCUAAAAGUAAAAGCUCUGUCUACAGUGUGGCGCUGGUGCUGCAUUUCGGCUCCCAGAUAACUUUUGGCCUUCUGCAAUGCUUUGUGUGUCCUGUGAUUGAUCCUGUGUGUAUGUAUGGCUAUAAUGCCAUAUAUUAAUAUUAAUGUAGAUUGAUCAA